AGGGGCGGCGCUGGACGGCGCCGGGAUCCACCAGAGGAGGGGCUUCGCUGCCAAGGAGGCGGCGCUGGACGGCGCCGGGAUCCACCAGAGGAGGGGCUUCGCUGCCAAGGAGGCGGCGCUGGACAGCGCCGGGAUCCACCAGAGGAGGGGCUUCGCCGCCAAGGAGGCGGCGCUGGACGGCGCCGGGAUCCACCAAAGGAGGGGCUUCGCCGCGAGAGUGACGACCAAGGCUGAGGAGUACAUACAGGUCUCUCACAUUCGUAUUUUAAACAGGUGGCCGUUCUUCAAACAUUGGAGAAACAGAUGUGGCCAGACUCUUUUCGAAAGAUUCUGCAGAUGAUAGUAGCUUCAACUCGUGCCUCGAGGACACUAAGCACGAAAGAGUUUAGGCACCUCGUGAAUAAGGUUGGCAAUCUUGAACGUCCUUUCCUCAAAGAAUUCUUUCCACGGUGGAUUGAAUCUUGUGGAUGCCCAAUUAUGAGAUUGGGAAUCUCGUAUAGCAAAAGGAGAAAUUUGGUCGAAUUAGCUGUUUCACGGGGUUGCACAGCAAAAGCUGAUCCAGGUUCUGAUAAUCAUGUGAAUGGUGAUAUUCAAGAAGGUGCAACUGGAUGGCCAGGAAUGAUGAGUGUACGUGUUCAUGAAACUGGUGGGGCGUAUGAUCAUCUGAUUCUGCCAAUGGCUGGUGAAGCGUUGCACGUGGUGGAAUUACAGUGCCAUUCCAAAGUAGCAGCAAAGCGUUUUCAGAAAACCAAAAAGGGCUCCAAGCCUGAUGGUUCUGAUGACAACGUAGAUGCUUCAACUCAAGAGAAUCGUACAAGCAUGGAUUCCCCUUUACUAUGGAUCAGAGUGGACCCAGAAAUGGAAUACCUUGCUGAAAUCCAUUUUCACCAGCCUAUUCAGAUGUGGAUCAAUCAAUUGGAGAAGGACAAAGAUGUCAUUUCGCAGUCACAGGAAAUAACUGUUUUGGAGAAAUUACCUCAGCUCUCUUUUGCUGUGAUUAAUGCCCUCAAUAAUUUCCUAAAUGAUACCAAGGACACGGAUUUAGCUGGGCUUCUUCAUCUGGUUAAAUUCUAUAAAAGCCACCGGUUUGAUACUGAUAUUGGAUUACCCAGGCCAAACGACUUCCAUGAUAUUCCAGAAUACUUUGUUCUUGAGGAGGAGAUGGCGAUUGUGAUCCAUACCAUCCUCUUCCUCGCCGGGAUAAACACGCUCCUGCAGGUGCACUUCGGCACGCGGCUCCCCGCCGUCAUGGCAGGCUCCUACACCUACAUCUACACUGUCGUCGCCAUCAUCAUCAGCCCGCGAUACGUCCUCUUCAUCGGAGCCCCCUUCGAGAGGUUCGUCUACACCAUGCGGUCGCUCCAGGGCGCGCUCAUCAUCGCCGGCGUCUUCGAGGCCGUCAUCGGCUUCUUCGGCAUAUGGAGGGUCUUCAUAAGGUUGUCCAGCGACUCCUCACUCCCUCAUGUAGUCGGUCAAUAAGCACAACAGCGGAGCCAGUUGGAAGAAAUAGCGAUGGAAGUACAGUUAAAUCCAUCACAAGCUACAGACCUAUCGUUCUUAGUUCAGUAAAGAGGGCUCCUGUCUUUCAGGAUGAAAGAGUGGGCUUCUCUCUCGUGCUUCCCUCUGUUUCAGAAGAUGAAAGAAUCCAUGUUUGCAGUGAUAUAUGUGCAUUGAAUAGUGAAAAUGUCACCAACAGUAGUCUAGGAAAAGCUGACAGGAACAGUUCAAGUGGCAGCUGUGAAUCGAGUAAAAGAUCACCUAACAGCAACACCAGUUCAAGUGGCAGCAGUGAAUCGAGUAAAAGAUCCCCUAACAGCAACACCAGUUCAAGUGGCAACAGUAAAUUGAGUAAAGGACCCCCUAACAGCAACACCAGUAUGUCAAUCACGGUAUUGUUCUUUGCAUUAUAUGUUAUUUCCAUUACUAUCUCACGUUAGCCAAGGAUGAGGUUGAAGUUUCGUUCGCUCUAGAUUUGAUGUAGCGUGUUGGCAUUGCUACCUUACCCAUAACAUAUGAUCAAUCGAGUUUCAUUAGUAUUGUGAGUCUGGGAGCGCACAUGCACUCUGUUUACUGGCUGUAGAAUAGGGGCUGCAUUUGCAUGUUGCGGGGUUCACAUUGAAAGAAAAUUUGGCUGGACUGUUCUGCUCAUGUUAAUUGAUGGACCUAAAUAAAUCACCUGGCAAAAUAUUAGUAUAAUAGAUUAAUGGGGUAGGGUUUCUCGCCCAUUCUGUGUAGAUAAGGUUUAUAAUUUGGAAUGUCGGGCAAGUUCUCAACAAGUAACACCCUGAAGUUUCAUUCUAAUUUCAUCACGUGGUUAAUAAUCAUAACAAUUUCUUUCCGAUGAGAAUAUAAGCUAAAACUAGACACAUCCUCAUCAGGUAAAUUGAUUCAUGUUCUUACUUCAUGUCCACGCAACAAGAACAAACUAAAUAUUUUGUAGACCAGAGUUUUGCUUAUACUCUUGCUAGCGUAUUUGUUGGAUCUUGAUUUUCAUGUAUGUUCAGAUUUGUCUUGCACAUGUUGAAGAACCAGAUUCAGAACAUUGCCAAGGGAAAGCCAAAGUAUUCUUGUGAAACUAGAUUAAUUGUUCAAGAUUGAAUGGGACGAAACAUUAUACAUGAUAUUCGUUUCUUUGAAGUUUGAUGAUGGCACGUGAGAUCUUUCAAUUAUAUAUUCAUUUAAUUCAGUUGUAGAGGAAUACAAUCUAUUAAAAUUAUCAUGAUAUUUGGAGUACAUUCAUAACACAAAAGAAUUAUCUGGUGGCCUAAUAAAUGUUGGUUGCGCC